CUCGGGGCCGCCCAAAUGUGAAGAUUAUCACGAGCCUCUGUCGUACUUAUAAUUCAGAUCUCUCGUCAAAAGGACCUUGAUCAUGUCCUUCAACGUGAUGUCACCCGGAGAUUUACGUGAGCUGCACGCUCGGACCUCCCCGAGCGCGUCGCGUAAGUACGUCGUCCCGUUCACCUAUCUAACAGUCUCUACCAGCUGAUACCGAAUAUCGAACCAUGCCGCCAAAACGAUCAAGUCAACAGGCUCGAGACGUAUCAAAACGCCAACGCGUCGCCGCUCCUGAGCCUGGACAAUGGACGUUACCGGCGCAAUCCGGAUCACAGCAGGAUGAGCCCAGGCCCCACCCAAUGCAUGCUCUGCCACUGGAUCCACCUCUACCGCCAGAACCACAUGCGCACAUUGCACAAUGGGGAGUUUAAGGGAAUCCGUCACAGCAGCCCGCUCGUCGAGGACGCGCUGCACAGGUGGCAUCGACUGAGCAAAGAUAUUUCGCUCGCAGGGGUGGAGGGCGCUCAGAAGGUUUGGGAUUACCUGGAUGGGUUGUCGGAAAGGCAGGUAAAGUUAUGCCUAGUAGACGCUCUGAUGGAUCACCCGGAACAGAGAAAGCUUGUCGAUCUUUUCCAUCUGGAGAACGCCAAGAAAGCCGCAGUCAAAGAACGCAAGGCCUUGAUCAGGUUCAAGUCGUGCUCAAGUCGUCUUUACGAGAUUGUAAAGUUGGUGCACCUCUGCCUCGGGGAUAGAAUUGAUCUUCCUUCCGGCGUCGACCCAAUUGAGCGCCUCAAGGAAUGGGUGCACAAAGCUAUCAAGAAACAUAUCCUGAGUAACCUGGAUCGGGACAGUACCCUGAAGACCAAGAUCAAAGCUAUGAUAGCUCUCACGGAAAUAGCGACUCUAAUCACGUGGCGACAAUUCCCUGAACCCCACGCAACCCGGAUCUACAGGAAUAUGGCCGAUAUUGUGGGACCAGCGUACAUCCUGGUCCUCACCCUAUUCAAAAAUGAAAAUGAGAAGGCUAGCCUCCGGUGCAAUGAGAAGUUUGACACACUUUACGUAGAAUUGCAGAGACCAUAUGCUCGGCACGGGUGUAUAGCGGAGAUGAGUGGUCCAAGCAUGUCGUUAUGGGGUCCUGUAAAACCCAAUUUCGCAGACCUCGUGAAGAACGUGGAGUAUCACCUGAACUUGGCGCGUUGCUUCGACAGGACGAAGAAACUCGCAAGAGAGUUGAAAGGUAAUGAGAAAUUGGAUGAAGACAGCAGCGAAGUCAGCGAAGUCAGCGAAGGCAGCGAAGGCAAUGAAGGCAAUGAAGGCAAUGAAGGUAAUCAGGGCGAUGAUGAGCACGAGGAAGAGCUUCAGGAGCUUGUUCCAUUGACGAUAUACCUGAGGACAGUCUGGCCGUAGGAUGGAGAUUAGUAACGCGUUUUCUCUCCGCGGAUCUCAACGUGACGUACGAUAUAAUUGCAAGAUACUGCUGUGAGUCCGAUUAUGUAUUAGGGGAAUCCA